AUGUCCCAGCAUGAAGCCUAUGUUUCUUCACCCUCCGCCGACCCUGCAGAGCCUAUCGGUGCUGCUGGCGGAAGGUUGUUCAAACAAGGAUUUUCAGUUGGAGACUACACGCUCAGGGAGGAGACGGUGCGUAAGCUCUUCGAGCUUGUCAUAGUGCAGAGGGUCGUACACUUGCGGGGAACUCCCACUUGUGGGAAGACAAUUCUGUCAAGGCUCUUGUACACGCAUGUCGAGGAAGUUCGUCUGGACUAUGCCGUCGUCUACGUGACGUGGCAAACGCUCAACAGCCCUUCACGUCGAGGACAAGGCUGGCGGGAAAAGAAUGUCAUCUACAUUAUCGACGAGGCUCAGUUAAGCUACAAGGAUGAGUUAUUCUGGAUGGAGUGUAUCAAAACACAUAAGGGGAGGACGGUCGGUCCACACUUCGCCCUUUUCUCUUCAUUCGGGUCCGCGUCCAGAACCGUUCUGGAAAUCGAGGGGUCGGCACUGGUAGACUUGAUGUUGAAACAAUGUGUACCCCUCACACCACAGCCAGACUGGCCCCACGACAUCACGCUCUGCUUCACAAUCGAGGAGGUCAAGGACCUGUGUCAGAGGAUUAUUGGGCGACGUGGAUUCACCGUUAAUGUCGACGUUCUCGAGCAUCUUUUCUUGCUGACCAAUGGGCACCCCGGGUUGACCGGUGGACUCCUCCUUUCCUUACUCGAUACAGAGGACAUCCGCCGUGUGAUUUUGGCAGGCGGGGACGUAACCCUUGCCCACGCAUCGAAGCUAUUCGACGACGAUAUGAAGCUGUUCGUCUGUGUGCAAGAACGGGUCGGGCGUUCGCUUCUGGAUCCGGAGGUGUUCAAAGCUGAGACAAAUUUGGACCUGAGAAACGCACUGAAACGUGCGGUUCAGCAACACGGCAUAGCAGCUAUCAGGCCGGAGGACGAUCCUGGACUCCAGAGGGCAUAUAAGUCGGGAUACCUUCACGCAGCAUACGUAGACCCGGACGAUAGACGGACACUAUAUGCAUUUCCGAGUCUCCUCCACCAUCGGGCUGUGGAGAGGCUUCUGUUUCCGGACGAUGACGACGGCAUUCAUUUCGUCUCGCUAAAAGACUUAUUUUUUGAGGCCAUAUGCCAUUUCUCACCAACUGCACUCACUUCACACAAGCACAAGUUAAACCGAAUCCCCGGGGCGACCCAGCCGGAGGCCCCGUACGCGUAUGAGUUGUAUAGAUGUCUUUACCAGGUGACCAGGGGGAAAUCCAUCGUUCACAGCGAGUAUUCGUACACCGUUGCCGGCCGGAUCGAUUUCUUUCUAAAGGGUAGGAAAUGGGGUAUUGAAGUCUUGAAGGACGGAGACCGACUGUCGGAACACAUCAAUCGUCUUGAUCCUGAAAACACCUGUGGCUCUUGGAGCAUGGUAUCGGAACGCAUUCUUCUCAAUUUUUGCACCUCUUACCCGAAAGUGAAACGAGACGUUCCACAGUUAUUCCACGUGAUCUUCAGCACGGCUUAUGACGAGUGCCAUGUGUUGGAUAGUGCGCAUAAUGUCGUCGCCGUGUGGUCCCGUUAA